AUGUACGAGACGGCGCACGAGGCGGCGCGCGCCUACGACGCUGCGGCCAGACGUCUCGGACACCCACGCUCACAGAUGAACUUCCACGACGUCUGGACGCACGAGCAUGCGGAGGAUCUAGCGCCGCCUCCGCGCCUCGUCACCGACGUGGACAAGCGCCACCACAAGAUGCUGCAGCGGCGGCUCUACCACGCCGUCGAGGACGAGCGCCUCAUGGCGGAGUGGAAGAUGCGCUUCCCGGAGGACGUCCAGGCAAUGCGCGCCUUCUACGUCAAGCGCAAGGCGGUGCGGAAGGCGAGCCGCGUGGCGAGGAGGAUCGACAAGGCCGAACGCCGCGCCUUCAUCCUGGCGCAAGAGGCUGGUCCUAAGACGAUCAGCGACAACGACGACAGGUGGCUGGACCUGUUCUCCUCAAUGCCGAUGUCCGACACCACCGUGUCUGCAGGUUCGGACUCGAGCGACUAG